ACCUUAAAAACAAAACAUACAAAGAAAUAGUAUUGCAUAGCAUCAUAGUCCGUUAAAGGAUUCCGCCGAAAGUUUUAAGUAUUAAGAUUUGUAUUUGAAUUUGUUGAUUUUUCUCAGUUUUUGAUAAUUAUUAUAAAAUGGAUUUUUUGGAGUACAAUGAUGUUUCAUAUGAAGUGCGUGGAUAUAUGACUCCGGGACGAUUGAAAAUGACGGAUCAAAAUAUAAUUUUUAAAAACAGUAAAACUGGUCGUGUUGAGCAAAUCAGCCCUAGCGAUAUUGAUGUAGUAAAUUUUCAAAAAUUCGUGGGAACCUGGGGGAUAAGAAUAUUCACUAAGCAAGGUCAGUUACAUCGAUUUCGUGGUUUCAAGGAAGGUGAUAAUGAAAAAAUUGCAAAGUUUUUCAAAGAACAAUAUAAAAAAGACAUGUUAGAGCAAGAGUUAUUUUUAAAAGGUUGGAAUUGGGGAAUAGCAAAAUUUAAUGGAAAUGUUCUUACAUUUGGCGAUGAAAAACGAAUGACUUUUGAAAUUCCAUUAAAUCACGUAUCACAAUGUCAAACUGGUAAAAAUGAAGUAACAUUAGAAUUUCAUCAAAACGAUGAUGCUCCAGUGGGAUUACUGGAGAUGCGUUUCCAUAUUCCUUCAAAUGAAUCUGGCGAUAAUGAUCCAGUCGAAUCUUUUUACGACAAUGUUUUGAACAAAGCUUCAGUUAUCUCUGUAUCUGGCGAUGCAAUAGCUAUAUUUCGUGAAGUUCACUGUCUAACCCCACGUGGACGUUAUGACAUUAAAGUUUUUCAAACAUUCUUUCAACUGCAUGGUAAAACAUUUGAUUACAAAAUUCCAAUGUCAACAGUUCUUCGAAUGUUUUUCUUGCCUCAUAAGGAUCAAAGGCAAAAUUUCUUCGUUUUAUCUCUAGAUCCACCUAUUAAACAAGGCCAAACUAGAUACCAUUUCUUAGUAUUAUUAUUUGGGAAUGAGGAAGAGAUUACAUUAGAAUUACCUUUUUCGGAACAAGAAAUUAAAGAAAAAUACGAAGGUAAAAUAACGAAAGAAUUAUCAGGGCCAGUGUAUGAAGUCAUGGGAAAAAUAAUGAAAGUCUUAGUGAAUCGUAAAAUUACUGGACCAGGAAACUUUGUUGGGCACUCUGGAACUGCUGCAAUCGGCUGUUCUUUUAAAGCUGCUGCCGGUUAUUUAUAUCCAUUAGAAAGAGGAUUCAUGUACAUUCACAAACCUCCACUUCAUAUUCGGUUUGAAGAAAUAGUAGCUGUGAAUUUUGCUAGAAGUGGAGGUUCAACCCGCUCAUUUGAUUUCGAAAUCGAAUUAAAAUCAGGAACUAUACACACUUUUAGUAGCAUAGAAAAGGAGGAGUACGGAAAAUUAUUUGAUUUCAUUAAGGAUAAAAAACUCCACGUUAAAAAUACUGGAAAGAAUGAUAAAGCAGCUUAUAAAGAAGAUUUUGGAGAUUCUGAUAACGAAGCUGAACCAGAUGCCUACUUAGAACGUGUUAAAGCUGAAGCAAAAGAGCGUGAAUCUGCAGAUUCUAUGGGUUCAGAAGAAGAAUCUACAGACGAAGAUUUUAAACCAGGUGAACAGGAGUCUGAAGUAGAGGAUGAAUAUGAUAGUGACGUCCAAGAUAGCUCAAGCGAUGAUGAAGAAGACGGAUCAGGAGGUGAAAAAAAGAAAAAGAAAAAGGAGAAAAAAGAAAAGAAAAAAGAAAAGACUGUGAAAAAAUCGUCCUCUUCAUCCAAAAAGAAGAACAAAGAUUCAAAUAAACCUAAAAGAGCUGCGACAGCUUUCAUGUUGUGGUUAAAUGAGAACCGUGAGCAGAUUAAAAAAGAUAAUCCCGGUAUUUCAAUAACAGAAAUAGCAAAGAAAGGCGGUGAAUUGUGGCGAGAUCUUAAAGAUAAAUCAAAAUGGGAAGAAAAAUCUGCAAAAGAUAAGGAAAGAUAUCAAAAAGAGAUGGAAGAAUACAAAGAAAAAGGAGGUGGAGGAAGUGACGAUGAAGGUGGUGAUUCUAAAGCAUCCAAAAAGAGAAAAAAGGAAAGUCCAACGAAAAAGCCAUCAAGUGUUGGCGCUGGUGCUGGUUAUAAAAGUAAAGAAUAUAUUUCUGAUGAUGAAAGCUCUUCCGACGGUGGAGAUAAAAAGAAAAAUAAAAAAGAUGAUGAUAAUGAAAAGAAAAGUACUUCAGACAGUAAAUCAAAAAAAGAUAAAAAGUCUGAUGAUGAGGACGAAGAAAGUGAAGCUGAAAUGACAGAUGAAGGAAGCGGUGGUGGGAGUGAAGAUGAAUAAAAAGAAUCGUAGUUUUUAUGUUUCUUAAAAAAAAUAUUCUCGAAACAAAUUUUGUAUUAGACCUCAUUUGCAAAAUAGAAAUAAAAUACAAAAUUAAGUUAA